AUGAGUAGUAUAAAUAAUUCAAGCUCUUCAGAAAUAAACAAACCUCCAAAAAAUGUUGAAACAAAUAAACCUGCAAAAGAUAUUAAAAUUGAAUCUUCAGAUGAAGAAUCUGAUAGUGAAUCUAUAGAAAUACUAGAAGAUGAAAAACAACGAUUUGAGGAUGAAGAAAUUGAUGAUGAUUAUAUAGAUAAUAAAGAACUUUCUAUCAAUAAUAUUACUCAUCCUGCAGUAGACACUAAUGCAAAGUGGGAGUUAGUUACUCUUUUCAAGAGAUUAGAGCUAAAAGAAAUUAUAGGUUAA